UUUGGAAACUGUAGGAAAGAAACAUGAUGAUAAGAAACAUGCUGGCACUGUUCUAACCUAGCAUGGAUGGAAUAUCCAAAGUGUGGUGUUUUGAGUAUGCAGUGAAAUGUCAUGGUAUGGUGUGGUGUUUUGAGUAUGCAGUGAAAUGUCAUGGUAUGGUGUGGUGUUUUGAGUAUGCAGUGAAAUGUCAUGGUAUGGUUUGGUGUGGUGUUUUGAGUAUGCAGUGAAAUGUCAUGGUAUGGUGUGGUGUUUUGAGUAUGCAGUGAAAUGUCAUGGUGUGGUGUUUUGAGUAUGCAGUGAAAUGUCAUGGUGUGGUGUUUUGAGUAUGCAGUGAAAUGUCAUGGUAUGGUUUGGUGUGGUGUCAGGAUGGAUAGGGCACAUCCGAUGACAGAGAGGAAGUCAACCUUUAUAAUAUGUUACUGUCUGUAUUCCCCUUUGUGCUAUGCCAAGACAAAAGUCACUUAUGAACAAGGAAACUGUUGAGUGAGUAUGACUCAUAAACUGUCCUCUAUUGGCCUGAUAAAAACACCUUAAAGGACCUCGACAAGACACACACCCCAGGGAAAGUUCACAAGUUGAGAUAAGAGGAAGGAAGUGGCUACUAUAGUGUGGACAAGGAAAGGUGGCAGUGUGCUAUUCUGCAAUGAAAAUGGAGAUCCUUCAAGAAUGUGGCGUACUGCUUUGUGUUCUUGUGUUCGCUUUCGCAAGAUCGGAGAAUGAGAUCAUAAAACUCAGAAGCCCUGACUCAGUAAGCUCUCAGUGCCACACACACACAACCAUGUCCUGCAAAAUCACCUCCCAGGACGAGCCCUCCAUCAGCAUGUUCGCCUGGAUCGGCCCUGGUGGGGCGACUCUGUGUAAGCUAGACGAGCGUGGGGGAGUCGUCUUCAACGACAGCGCAGUGAGCUGCACAUACAGAGACAAACAACUGGACCUGACCAUCCGUCACACCAAACCGAUCCACGAGGGACGGUAUAUUUGCAAGCUGCGCUCCAAUUUAGGAGGAAAGCAUUCCUACACGCAACUGAAACUAAGAGAGUGCCACAACCAGCUCCAUUACCACAUUCUUGAUGGCAAUGUGACCUGCGGGGCGAGAGGAGUUUACCCAGAGGCCCACAUCCACUGGUUCCAGGGACCCCAGAACCUCACCCACUCCUCAGUCUCCCAUCCCAGCAUACCGGCUGAGGAUGGCACCUUUGAGGUAGCCAGCACCCUUCCCCACCAACACCAGUCGGCUUUGAACUGUUCCCUGUGGUCCCCCAGCACUGGCAGGUUGCUCAGCAGCAUACAGAUGUCUCCACCGGCGUCCCCUCCACAGUCACGAGACACAUUCUCCAGGGCAACCUCUUUUGGAGCUGUUGGGACAACCGUGACACUUUUUGCAGUAGCACUCAUUCUAUUGUAAAUAUGUUGUUUUAGAAAGUUCGAAAUGAGAUUGUCUGCUAAAUGACUGAAUGUAAAUGUAAAUGACUGAGUAGUAUGCGACAUCAAGUGUCGUAACUAGUUCUGAUUUUCUACGGACAGGUCUGAAUGUGUUAAUUUUGUUCACAGCCGAUGUCUCUAUGCUGUAGCUCAGUAGCACAAGGGUAGUGAUGGUGGAUACUGAAGUAGAUCCUGUACUUUUUUUUGCUGUACAACACUGACCCCUGCUGGUUGGAAUACACAUUCAAAAAUCAUUUCUGAUUUGCAGGUGCAAUCAGAAAGAAGACUGAAUACAUUUCUCACUUGAUUGCAAACAUACAGUAGGAAUUAGAAUAGUUAAAAUGCCUAAAAUUAUCCUUUUAGAUCAUAAAAAUAAAAAGGCAUUAAAAAUAAGAUCUGGAAAAUCGUGGUGGAGCACAUGUGAAUAUGUACUAAGAAACACAAGUGAGUUGAGCACUUAAAAAGACCAUUAGACGCCCAAGUGCCACGGUACGACACACAUGUAAAACGAUGUGAGAGAUAAGUGCCUUUCUCGCGUUUGCACUUUUGUUUUGUCAAACAGGACCAUUCUUCCGGCAGAAAUGUCCUCUGAACUGUCCCUGAGAUGCUCCUGGACUUAACACCUUUUACAAAAACCUCUCUUGACCCAGUAUCAAAUCAGCACACUCACCUCUUCAGGUCUAAUGUGUGUCUGUCAUGCAUAUUCACACACACACACACAAAAAAGUGAACAGAUAAUAACAAAUAGAGGUAAACAGUGAGUUCACAGUUUGGGUACAUGGCCAACCUCAGACAGGCUUGUAUCUAUUCAAGCGAUUCAAUGGUUUUAUUCCCCUUAGUGAUCGAGGCUCCCAGUCUUGGUAUGUCCUUUUAGUAGACAGUGCACAAGAAGCCAUUGUGUCAUUUCCUCUUUUGUAUGAAUUCAAGGUCUUUUUUCUCACCUAGUGUUUGGGAGUGUGUGUGUGUGUGUGUGUUUGGGAGUGUGUGUGUGUGUUUGGGAGUGUGUGGGGGUCAAGACUGGGAAACAAUAAAGGACCAGUUGGUAAA